AUGGACAAAAAAUUAAAGAGAUCUCAUAAUUUUACUGCUUAUGAGGUAGCUUUAUUAAUAGCACUUGUAAAGGAGCGGACAAGUGAAAUUGAAUGCCGUAAAUCCGACACGGAUACCAAUAAAAUUAAGAACGAGGCACGGGCACAUGUAUGCCAAAAAUUUAAUUCCCAUUUAAAACAGAGCAUCUGCAGGGACGUAGAUGUUCUGAAAAAUAAAUACAACAAUGAGAAAAAGAAGUAUGCUGAUGAAAAGAGGCAUUUGUAUGCUCCUAAACAGAACAAUUUACGUUCUAAUUUAGGCCGUUGGGCUAGUUCGAAGCAAGCAUUGGCUGCAUUGCAAAUAGAGUGUUUUAAAAAAGAACAUGAUUUAAAGUUAAAACAUGCUCAAGAAAAACUUGACGAAUUCAUAAGGCUUCAGAGAUUGGAAUUUGAAGCCAGGAUUCGCUUGAUAACAAAUGGUAACCUGCCCAAUGACAUCCAAACCAAAAUUAACUGCAGUAAACCUUAA